UAUUUUUUAGAUUUAUAGCUCUAGAAUUAAGGAUUUCCCCAACUCUCUCCCUUGUCUGUUAUUUGUUACCAUAUCUGCCACUAAAUACACCUCAAGAAGCAGUUUUGUUUUCAGCCUAUUCACUCAAUUUACCUAUUUAGAAGGCCUGAUAAGAUGGUGUGGAAAUAUCAGUGGCUCCACUCAUGACUCAGCAUGUGGAAGAUGAUCCGGCCCCUCUCGACCUCACCCGCUGAGCAGGUAAUUUGAGAUGAUGUGUCUUGAGUGGGUGUAAUAUGUAGAGUGGCUUGUUAUAUCAGCUAAAAGCUCCCGGCUUCUCCUCGGCCAUCUAUUAUUUACGGCCCUGGAGGGCUGGCACUGUAUUACUUCCUGCCCGGGUUCCCUUUAAGGAGCCCAUCAGGCGGCUGUCAUUCCUCUGCAGCGUUACAAAGCCUUAAUCUCGGGCAGAUUAGUAUGAAACAUGGCCAUAACAUUUAGUCUGCAGAAAUGUCAUGUUCGUUUUAAUGUGUCUUUACCCUGAGAUGGCUGCAUGUGAACACUGGAUGGUGCUCUUGCAUCACGCAGAACCUGCCGUGUGGCCUUGAGUAAGAAAUACAUUUCCUUUGCUGCUAUUUUCUGCAAGUGACGGUUCUUUACACAAGACGUUUCACUGUAACCGCUGCCACUUGUUAUUAGCAUUUGUACGUUUCAGCAGAAGCUGGCAUGUUGAUGAUAAAACAACGGUUUUGGGAGUGGUCUUCCCCCCCCUCCGCUCAGUCCGUGUGUGUGCAUAAAUCUUUUCAUCCUCCAGAUGGCACUGCUCUCUUUGUGAAUGAAGAUUCUGGUACUCUUCAAUGUGACUCUCAUCACCCAUCCAAAACCCUCCACUGGGCCCCACCCAAAAUCCUGUUCGGGUAAUACAGAGCAGGACAAAAACAAACACAUUUUAAGGUGAAGCUUCACUGUGUUUCUUCACUUUUAAAUCAGGCUUUAAUUUGGGCUCGACACCUACUUACGUGAGGCAUUGUGCCCCCUGAAUGCUCAUCCUUAAAUAUUUAGAUGGAUUUGGGGGAUGCAGUGAUGUCAGUGAGUCAGUCAGUCGUGUAAUGAUGGUAUCGGGGCUGUUUUAGCAGAAGAAUGGGAGAUCUUUGUUUGAAUGGGUUUAGGAGGAAGCUUCCCUGAGGGAGGUGGUGCUCAGACCAACGACAGUGAGUCAGUACACCCCCCCCCCUUCAUGAUUCCCUAACACAUCCUAGGAAGGAGUCAGAGGACUCUCAAGGGCAGGGUGGGGAGCCUUCUGAGCCAGAUGUUCAGAGGAUAAAAGUGGUAGAUUUGGAGUUCCUAAAAACACCAUGGACUGCUUUUUGCAGCUCUUUUAGGUGCAUCACAAGAUAUCUCAGUCUUCAUUGGGACUAGAGCAGCGUCUUCACUCGAGAUGAUCGUAUAAAGGCCCCUGUGGUGUCAGAGGAAAAGUCUACUCGCUGUCUUUUUCUAUUUCCCACAUUUUGAAUCCAUUGAUCUGAAAUUAACAUCAGUCCCGGGCUGUGUGUGUGUUUCGAUGGUAUAAACUGUCGUAUCGUAAAGCUGGCGUUUUUUUUUUUUUUUUAGCUGACUCUUGUGUAUGUGCCUGUUGCCAUGGUUUCCCACUUUUUCAUCAGGUGCCAAUCCAAAGCGAGGGGCUAAGCUCGAGGAUGAGGCGCUCCCCACUUUCAUCCUCCUCCUGGACAAACUACCGGGUUCAUGCGUGUUCAUUGGUGCUGAUUGGGUUCGUCGCGGAGGGAAAAUAUUUCUGGUGGAAGAUGAGACGGCUGAUGCAGGAUGUCACCUCAUGCAUCGCCGUCGGUUGUAAUGAUUCAAUCGUGCUGUAGAAGUUUGUUUUGCUAGAAUCUGGGUGAAGGGGGGGGGCAUUAGCUGAUGUUUGCAACAAUAUGGAGGCGUGGACACAAGGUAAUCGAGUUCACCCCCGUAAACAAACAAAUGGUAGACGCCCCCUUCUUUCCUCACCAUGUGCCCCUUAAGCCAUUUUUCGUCAGCUGGGGUAGGAUUGGCGGGAGAUAGUUGGGGGGGAUCAGGGGAACGCAUGCCAGCCCCAUUUGGGAAGUGCUCCCCCAUUUUCUGCCUGUCGAAUCGGGCCAGUGUCAGCGAGCUCCGGCGGGUCCAGGUCUGGCCGAGUGGGCUAAUGCGAUGUGGCGUGUCACCCGGGGAAUGUAGGUCAAGUUUAAAGCUCUGCUGCAGUGUGACGCCUCUCAGUCCCUACCCUUCACACACACACACACACACACACACACACACGCAAGCACGCAAUAACACUCAGCAAACGUCCUCACCUACAUUACUAUUUCUUUUCAUUUAGACAAAAUGAGAUAUGCAUUUUCCUUUCUAGACCCACAUAGUCUCAGACAUAAACACACAUACACCCUGCUGACUCUCCCCCAUCCCUCCCCUCCCCCCCUCCCCCCACCGUCUCCACACCCCAGGCAAGCUCUGUCUCAGCCUCUCCACGGUGGAGAGCAUGUGACGCUCCGGUGUCUGCGCUCGGUUGGGGAGGGGAGGGCGUUGUUUUUCCAUUUCAUAGUAAAGCAGCAGGGCACGUGGAUCCUCAUGCUGCAGCCGCGUAGUGGAAUGUCAGCACUAUCCCUCUCUUACAUUAGUAAGCCAUCAGCCCUCGAGCUGGUUUUUUUUUUUUUCUUUUUCUUUGCAGGACGUUGCCGCAGUGCUGGGUUUCAGCUGUGCCCUGCUUCUAUGUGUGCUUAUUAAAGGGCAGGCCCAGAGCUGGGAGAUGUAAAAGGCAGUGCCAUCCAGAGGUCAGGCUGCUGCAUGGGCGUGGCACUGUUUUGGUGUCUUCACCAAAACAGGCUUCAGCCUCUUUGCGUCAUCUGCAAUCUGCAAAUAUUUGGGAUGUUGAUUUUAACUAUAAAUCCAAGAUUUUGUAGCAUUAUUUAUAGCAAAGUGACAAAAUGUAUCAUCAUAUUCAGCUGCAAUUAAAAUGUAAUACUUUCUUCAUUAUCAGCAUUUAUUUUUCCGGCAUUUUUUAUAUUUAAAUAAUGAUAUUAAUGUGAAUUUGCUGAGCUGCAGAAAACUCAAUCAAAUCACAUUAAAUCACUGAGUGCUCGGUAGUGGAAUUUAAUAUUUCUCAAUCGUCUCCACUCGACUUCACCCCCCCCCCGACUAAUCCGCUGUUUUUGGCGCAUUACCUCAUCUGUAUUAAUAUAUGCAUGUACUUCCAUGCCUACUACUACUGUACUCGUCCCUCACCCGGAGCUCGCCUCUCAUUGGCUGCUGCAAUGUUUUCAAUGGCACCAAAUUUUUUUUUGGACUCCAUGGAUACAGUGAGCUGUUGGGUAGAUCGGCUCAGCCAAUAGGAGAGCUGCGCGGGCUCCUGCUUGUCAGAUUCUGCCGCUGGCCUUAGAAGCAGCCCUCGCAGCGAGCACGCGAUGGCUCAGUGGGGGGGUUCAAAACAACAACAAGUCUGUCAUCUGGCUCUCUGUGGUGCCCCGGACAUGCCAGCACUACUUGGUAGUACUACAGCCACGAGGGAGGGGAGGGCUUCGAUUCUUCAAUCUCUCUCUGAUGCAGUAUCUGUGUACUAUCAGCCAGCACUUCAUCCUUUCACUUACUAUGCUAAGCAAGCACUUAUUCGGUCAGCAACUCAAAUUGUCAUCUUUAAAGGGAGGUUCUUAGGAUGACAUUUGACUGGAAGAGUAGGGUAUAAAAAGCUGUAAAAUUUACAAGUUUAAUCGGCUCUUUUCUCUGGUGCACUUGAAGAUGCUGUGAUGGACUUUGAAAUGCAGCUAUGCAAAUCCCCCGUCCUUAAAAUGACCUCGUUUUAAGCGGCACAGGCGCGCUGGGCCUACGAGGCUGCCAGUGUCCGCGUUGAAGCGCUGCCAGCCUGGCCGGCCGGCCUCAGUCUGUGAGCAGCACAAAGGUGGCGGUAGAGGACCAGAGGAGGCCUGGCGAUGGUGGGCAGUGCCCACAUCAUCCGGCAGGGUGGGGUCAGUGACAGCUCUCAUCCCUUCUGAGGCCGGAUCAGGUGCUGCUUUCCGACAGUGAGGCCACAGCGCUGGCACAGUCAGACAUUCAGGUCACAUUAGUGGAGUUAAAGUAGACGAGGCUGGACAAGGCAGGUGGGUCUUUGCAGGUGGUCACUGGGUCGAAUGAGUGACUAACGGGAGUUACGGUGGCUUUCGAAGUAAAAAAACCCGAAAACUGUUGCGGGUUAAAUUGUAAAUUUUACUGACCAAAUAUUUAAUUGACAAGAUUUAUUGAUGGACCACAUAAAGACAAAAAUAGAGCUGCAUUUAACGGUUAUUUUUUAUUAUUUAUUCAUCUGCUUUUCAAUUCAUUCAUUCGUCUCUCAGUUUAUAAAAUGUCCAUCACAAUUUCUGUCCGAGGAGGCAUCUUUAAACGUCUUGUUUUGUCUGAACAGUCCCAAGAUAUCCACUUUACUGUCAUAUAAGAUGAAGAAAAGCAGCAAAUAUUCACAUUUAAGGGGGUGAAACCAGAGAAUUUGGGGCCCAUUUGCUUAGAAAAUGACUUGAUUAAUCAAACCUUUUAAAAUGGGUGCAGAUUAAUCUUUUGCCCUUUAAUUCAUUGUCUCAGCUCUAGUCACAAGUGUGUCUUACUUUCUUCAGUGUGUUGUGAGACAGAGUGAACCCGAGCAAGCAUUAACAUGUUAAAGGAUUUGCUUGCCUCUCUAACAUCUAUUAAUAGCCGCGCCGACCGAGUACCUGGUUACAUGAAAGGUAGUUUUAUAAAUUCUUUGUGUACUCAAAGAGUUGUGUUGAAACUGGCCACGCUUCACUAAUAUUUCCUCUGUUAGUCAGGACAUGACCCACUGUUUAAGAUGCAAGACAUGUCACCCCCCCCCACCCCCUGAUGGUGCAUCUCAUGCAUUUUAAAACCACUCCGUCCAACCCUCUGCUCGUGACUGCUGAGUGUGUACUUUGCUCUGUCUCAGCACCUCCCUGUCUCCCAGUAUUACCUGUGUACACAUGAUUUAACCCGUCACCGCUCGCCUCUCACUCAGUCACUUUGGCUCUUCACCCGUCACUCAUCUCGGAUGACAUCUGCCUGCCGAAGUUUAACCUCGGCGUUCAUCCGCGUCGGCCCUCCUUCCGCCCCUCUCGGAGGACAUCCUGUCCGUCUCUCCGCUCCGUCACCGAUGGUUAAAUUCGGUCUCCGUUGACGGAGCCUGCCGCUGUUUUCUCUGCAAACCACCACAGAUCUCUGACUUUGUCAUAUGUCUGUUGAUCGGCGCUCUGCUCUCUAGGAAGUGAGAGGACCACACCGGAGCAGUAGAGCUGAGGCUGCCACCUCUCGUCGCUCACAUCACAGCUGAGGUGUACGCCGAGUACAGAUGUGCCUCAGCGGGGAAGCUGUGGACGUGACAGUAAAGUCACAGCAUGACUGCCGAAUAGAAUCAUCACCAAUCAUCCUCUUCUUUAACCUGCAAGCCCCCUAAAGCCACAGUCUCAUUUACAACACCAGUGUAAACUAUAGUGAUAAAGCACUGUUGUUGGGCUAAUUACGCAGCCAUUAUCAGCAUGGGUCGACCUAAACGAUAAUGAAAUUUAAAGUAUUUUAAAAGUGUGAACGCUGGGGAGGGAGGAGUUACUUUGUUCAUACAGCUGCUGUGUAGCGGAGGUUUGUUGGUUACUCAUUUGUGGGUGAAAGUCCACAGGACUGCACAGUGUUGUUUCAAAGCAGUUCAGACUCUGCUUUGGUUCUUCUCCCUGCGUAAUCUAUCGAUUAGUUAAUCAACAUAAAGUUAAGUGUUUGGAUGACCGAUGAAUUGCAUUUGUCCAGAAGAGGCAAACACUGGCUGGUUUCAGUCUCUAGUAUAAAGAUUUGUCAGAUGAAAUGAUUGAAGACGCCACUUUGAGCUUGGACAUUUCUUUUCUGUUAUUGAUUUAUUGGUUGAUUUGUUUUUUAGUUGAUAGUUUUGUCUACAAAUUGUGAAAAUAAAGAAGAGCGCAACAUGGCAUUUCUUUAUAUUCUUUGUUUCAGCUGACCAACAGUCUCGGACAGCAGAAUAGUAAUUUCACUCACAUUUGUCAAAGAAAAACAGCAAAUUCUCACAUUUGAAAGAUAGAAAGUUGAGAAUAUUUUGGCAUUUUUGCUUGAAAAAAAGAAUUGGAUGGGUUACUCAAUUAUCUAAAUAAUAUCUGAUUUCGUUGAUAUUUUUUAUAAUCAAUAAUGUUCGUCAUAAUUAAUAAUGGCAGUCGGACUCCUUUUCCUAGACUGAAAUGUUUUCCAACAUGCCUCAUGGAAUGCAUAUGUUUAUUAUAUUCUUCAGACUUCUGUACAGACUCACUGUGCUCUUUCAAUACAUUUAAGUUGCUGUACCACAUGUGCCGUAUGUGUUUAUUUUACUAAAGCAUAUUCAAUAUCGAUGUUAUGUUUCAGCUGCUACGACAAAGACCCUGCGUUGCAGUUUGUUAUUUCAAUGCACACAAGGUCGAAUUCACAAACUACAGACUUCAUAAACGGGUCCUCUUAACGUUUCUGCACGACAACUUCCCUUUACAACCGUUUAAUUGGAUGUGUCCUGUUGUGUUGUGUUACUUGCUUCACGUGUAGAUCUGAUUGUGUGUGUGAUUUCCCUGCGGGGGUUUGUGAAAUGGAUUACUUUUGCAUAUAACUGCCUGUAAAUGCUCAUGAUUUCUGGGAAGAAACUUAACAAAGCAGAAAGAUGUAUCUCAGCUUUUCUAUUUUUGGGGGCAUCUUGUGACAUCUGGUUUGGCAUUGGCACAGGAAACGCACAUGGGGGGGGGGGGGGGCGCUGGUGUCUGUGAGCGGCGGGCACAUCUGGGGCACCACUGGGUCCACACAGGCACCAGAGCAGUGGAGCGCAGCAGGAGCGAGGUGUCUCACCACCUGCUGCCUUUACUGCCGCAUUCCUCCAUUAACUGAUCCGUCUCUCUCGUCCUCUGCAGGUAUCGUAACAUGGGGAACCUACUGAAAGUUUUGACUUGCACAGAUCUGGAACAAGAGCCCAAUUUUUUCCUGGAUUUUGAAAAUGCCCAGCCCACAGACGCAGAGCGAGAAGUGUGGGAGCAGGUCGACGUGGUGCUGAAGGACGCUAAGGGGAUCCUGGACGAGCUGCAGGCGUACAAAGGAGCGGGGCAGGAGAUCAGAGAGGCGAUCCAGAAUCCAAGCGAUGAGGCGUUGCAGGAGCAGGCGUGGGCGGCCGUGGUUCCCCUGGUGGGGAGACUGAAGAAGUUCUAUCAGUUCUCCCAGAGAUUAGAGGCGGCGCUGCACAGCCUGCUGAGAGCCCUGACCAGCGAGACUUACGACGACCCCACUCAGCACCUGGAGCGGGAGCAGGCGCUGGCCAAGCAGUUCGCGGAGAUCCUGCACUUCACACUGCGCUUUGAUGAGCUUAAAAUGACAAAUCCUGCCAUUCAGAAUGACUUCAGCUACUAUAGGAGAACUCUGAGCCGAAUGCGGAUCAACAACGUACCGGCGGAGGGUGAGAAUGAAGUCAACAAUGAACUGGCCAAUCGGAUAUCUCUGUUCUACGCAGACGCCACGCCCAUGCUGAAGGCAUUAAGUGACGGCACAACAAAGUUUGUAUCAGAGAACAAGAACCUGCCCAUCGAGAACACAACAGUCUGCUUAAGCACGAUGGCGAGUGUGUGUAAAGUGAUGUUGGAAACGCCAGAGUACCGCAGCCGGUUCGCCAGUGAGGAGACGGUGUCUUUCUGCCUCCGGGUGAUGGUCGGGGUCAUCAUCCUGUACGACUACGUCCAUCCUGUGGGUGCUUUUGCAAAGUCGUCCAAAAUCGACAUGAAAGGCUGCAUCAAAGUCCUCAAAGAUCAGCCUCCGAACAGCGUGGAAGGCCUUCUCAACGCUCUCAGUUCAAACAGAAGUCUCCUUCUGAAAUCCCGCGUCACAUCCUCGUUGUUGAAAGCAACACUUCCUGUAGUCCAAAACAACAAUCUAUGACAAAACCCGGCGCUCCGCUCUCCUCUCGUUGUCUUCCUGCAACAAGUCACGUGACACAAACGGACCGCAUCGAGCGAAAGGUAAAGAAAGAUGUUUUAUUUCUCUGUAGGGUUCUUUCCAUAAUGUUUUCAACAUCUGUAUCCUUCGUCCACCUCUGGAUGAGAUCCGGUCACUAUUGUGUUUUUGUUUUUUCUCGC